UGUCGAGCAGAUCUAACAUGAUACUGUGAAAGUUCAAUCCAUAAUGGAUCCAACACAGUCGCAAGAGUCCAGUCCAAAGCGGAUCCAACACAGCAGCGAGAGUCCUGUUCACAGUGGAGCCAGCAGGAAACCACCACAAGCGGAGGCGGAUCAGCAGCGCAGGGAUGUCCCCAACCGAUACACAGGCGAGCGGUCCAUCCUGGGUCCCGACUCAGGACAGCUAGCAGCUCAUCCAUGGCCGGACCCAUCCAGUGGGACAGGGGAGAAAAAGAAAAGAAACGGCAGAUCAACUGGUCUAAAAAGGGAGUCUAUUUAAAGGCUAGAUCAUACAAAUGAGUUUUAAGGUGAGACUUGAAUGCUUCUACUGAGGUAGCAUCUCAAACUGUUACCGGGAGGGCAUUCCAGGGUACUGGAGCCCGAACGGAAAAUGCUCUAUAGCCCACACACUUUUUUUGGGCUCUGGGAAUCACUAAUAAGCCGGAGUCCUUUGAACGCAGAUUUCUUGCCGGGACAUAUGGUACAAUACAAUCGGCAAGAUAGGCUGGACUGUGUAGUAUUUUAUACGUAAGUAGUGAAACGUUAAAGUCACUCGAUCCAUUCAUCACCUUGACUUUUUAUGACAUCACUGCUGGAUUAGACAAUUCCAUCCAUCCAUUUACUACUGCUUGUCCCUCUCGGGGUCACAGGGCUGCAGGGCUAGAGCCUAUCCCAGCUGCACUUGUCCCCACCUCAUCACAGAGCAAACACAGAUAGACUGAUUUGAUUAAUACAUUCUUAUAUUAAUAUGUCAAUUUAAUGGUCAUGUCAAUUUAAUGGUCAUUGACUUUUUACAAUAUUCUGUCCAUUAAAAAAAAGCAAAAAAAAACUUUCUUGUACUUUUACUAAAUUCCUGAUAUGAAUGAAUCGUAUUGAUUGACCAGCGUGUCAAGUAUGCCAAUCUACCAGCGACCAGUAGAGGGCAGCAGCGCAGGCUGUAGGAAAAGUGAGCGAGACAAAACCCGGAAGUGAGCAGAGCUAUUGAUCCGCAACAUCAAGUAGGACAAGUCUCGUCUCUACAGCUUGACUAAAGGUGUUCAAGCUGUCCAUCCAAUAUGGCCGACGUGUGGCAGAGCGCCAUGGACCACGCUGUAGCUGUGGCUAGAAAAGCUGGACAGGUGGUGCGGGAAGCUGUGCAAAGCGUUCAUAAGGAAGCAGUGAUGGUGAAAAGUUCGUCAGUCGAUCUGGUGACCCAGACUGACCAGAAGGUGGAGAAGCUCAUCAUUCAGUCUGUGAAAGAGAAGUUCCCAAAACACAGCUUUAUAGGGGAGGAGUCUGUUGCCGCAGGAGAAGUUUGCACCUUGACUGACAGUCCCACCUGGAUCAUUGACCCCAUUGAUGGCACCACCAACUUUGUUCACACCUAUCCGUAUGUUGGCGUGUCCAUCGGAUUCUCUGUCAACAAACAGGUGGAGUUUGGUGUGGUAUACAGUUGUCUCCAAGAUCAAAUGUUCACUGCACGGCGAGGGAAGGGCGCCUUUUGCAACGGAGAACCUCUACAAGUUUCUAAUCAGCAAGACAUCCACCAGGCUCUCAUCGCUGCAGAGUUUGGGUCCAACAGAGACGUGCAAACCGUGGAAAAGAUCUUCUCCAGCCUUAAGAAAGUUGUCAGCAUCCCUGUCCACGGGGUGCGUGGCGCAGGAAGUGCAGCCAUCAACAUGUGCCUGGUGGCGUCCGGCUGCGUGGAGGCUUACUACGAGAUCGGCAUCCACGUGUGGGACAUCGCAGCGGGUUCGCUCAUCGUCUCCGAGGCCGGCGGCGUCCUCAUGGACGUGGCGGGAGGCCCGUUGGACUUGAUGUCCCGCCGAGUUUUGGCUGCCAACAAUCAAAAAGUCGCCGAGCGACUCGUCAAAGAAAUCGAUGCAUUCCGUCCGAUUAGAGACGACGCGCCGCUCACAGAGUAAAGACAUGACCCGUGUCAAGCAAACUACCUAAACAUCCCAAAAUAUUCACUGGGAGACUUCAAAUGAGCAGCAAGUAAGACUUUGCUACUUCCAUUUUACGAGCACAUUUCACAUUAAAAGACUUCAUCCACUGA